AAUCAGUUCCUGCUUCAAUGACAACCACAAGGCAUUGAGCUCUUAUCUGCAAUGGCCCCUGCUUAGCAUUCACGCCAUUCACGCAAACAAUGCCACCUCUUUCCACUCAGUGGAUCUGUGACUGACAGUGGGUGUUGGUGCACUUGUGUCUUACUUCAACCGCAAUGUGACGCUGGUCUGUUUAUCCAGUCCAGAUAACCCCACCAAGACACAAUAAAGGGCGUGUGUCUUCCCCGCCACUUCCCAUGUUGUUUGUCUAACUGGACUUUUAUAAUGGAGCUCGCUCUCUAUUUGGCACUUUGGUUUCCUCCGCAGGAGGAUCUGUAUUAUACGGGGGGGGAGCGGAAAGGCUGACUGAUGAUCGUAUAGCCGGCUCACCACCCACUGACCAGCCAGCGAGGUGGAAGUGGCCCCUUGGCAAAAAAAAAAAGGUCAAAAGCAGGAAAACCGCAGAUAAGAACUAAUAGCUGAGGAAUUAAGAUGUAGCAGCAAUGGACACAUUGAGGCCAUUUUUUUCCUCCUUUUUUAAAAGCUUGUUGGCAAAGAAUAGAAAAAAGAAAUACUACUGGUGCGACGAGUUGGCUUUUUGUUCUAUCUAGAAUGCAGCUUUUGAGUUAUGUCCAUUCUUCUGCAGUUUUCAUCAUGCAGCUCAGAUCUCAUAUUUGAUGAGGCACAUACCAGCAGGGGAUCUUGGGCUCCCAUGCCUCCAUAAUGGCCUCUGUGAAGCGGGGAGGGGGGGGGGGGGCAUUAUAAAGCUUCUAUAAUAAACCCCUGUGAUCAGUACACCCCUCCCUCCGUGCUCUUAUUUAUGAAUGGCAGAAUUUGACAAGAGGGCAGCUUAGGUGGGUAGCCGCCGAUCACAUGAUACCAGCACUAAAGAGCCGAGCGAGGAAUGUGGACAGGCCUCUCCCUUCACCUCUCCUAAAAAACUUUGAUGCCCCAUAUCGUAACGAAUACCCUCUAUUCCUUCCCUCGUAUGUCCAGCAAUGUCGAAGGAGGAGAACGGGUGCUGCAGUCGGGGCGGCGGGGGGGCAUAGAUAGUGGCUGCGUUUGAUCUGAAGGUCGCCAGCCCCUUGCUGGUGUUGAGAGAUCCUUGGCAUACGAGGCUGGCUCUUAUUUAAUAACAUGAAGGGGAAGCGGACCUUUCUCUCAUAAUUAGGCCUAAUUACCCAGUAGGUGUGGACAGACGGCCCAAGAAGAGACAAACUGCCUUUAUCCGCGGACUUAGAGUCAGAUUACCCCCGAGCUGUCUUAUCUGUUAUAGAGCCAGCAGGAGCCUCAAUCCUCCUCUCCCGAAUCUUCCCACUGGCUCCCACAUCCAGCUCAGGUAUAUUAAUCAGUCAGUCUGAUUUAUUACGCCCUGUCCAACACAAGUGUGAUGAGGCCUUGCUGGUGCCUGGGGCUUUUCCCUUGGACACGUUUAAUAAGACAGUUCACUGACCUAUUGGGUACUUGUCAUCUAUAACUCCAUCACUUUAUAAAAACCUUUGUUAUGUUCAUUGAAGUGCUGGUCCGGGAGUGUUUCGGAGACCUUAAUAGAGCAAGAUCCUUGAGGAUCUGCGACCAGAGGAUCCCACCAACCUCAGCUCCCUACGGCCGCUGCCCCAGACAGUGUCCCUGCAUUCACCACUGCCACUCUCUGUUGGAGGGGAACAGUUUAAGGGUCCUUGCAAGUAGAUUAGAAAGACAUCCUGCCACCGUCUUGUUUGUUUACAGUACCUGUCUCCCCCUUCCUGAGUUGCUUGCAUGUUUGUAUUUGGGUUUGUGGGUGACUCACUUGCAGCCACCACAACAGACCCAUUGUUGUGAGCAACUCGGAUUCCCCGCAAAAUGCUGACGCCUGGAAAACCGAAGGGAAAGUCCACAGAGGAAGUAUUGGCAGGGGAAAGUGGCCAUUUUACUCCUCUUUUAGUUAUACGGUCCCCGAGCCACCAAUCCCCCCCCCCCAACGGCGGUCGGUGAUUGACAUCGGAAAGUCUUCCUGCCACUAGUCCUGAGACAAUGAAACCAGACGGUUUCAGGCUGCCGGGUCCAUGACUCACGGCUUCACGCAGGCCUGCUGCAAGAGGACAAGGGGCGCUUAAUCCACCUGUUAUCAGAGGGAGCCUCACCUUGUCACACACUCCUAGUCGCAGGGCUCUGGCUCAGGAAUGCGGUAUUACCCACCCAUUCACAGCUUAACUAGUAGACCCUCGCAAAAACACUGUGGACAUUUUUUUGAUAUAUUAUUACAAUCACACAAAAACACGUUUGGACAGUUGUGGGCUGAAGGGUUUCCUGCUGGUUUAGUUCAGAGAAUUGAGCAAUAUCUAAUGGGGUAUGUCUUGUACAAAGAGCCAUAUGCUGGGAGCCUCUCCAAAUAGAUACCAAAUGUCUUUUUCUUGAUAAUGUUCCAUAUUUUGGAUGGACAUUUUCUACAGUAAGCAUGAGAGUCAGCGUGUGUCUCCUGGAGUGGUAAACCGAUAGGAAAGUUGAUGGGACGACCGUCCUCUUGAGUGCGUCAGACUGCAACGGCGUGUCCUUAAUUAGGCAGGCCGGUCAGGGGUCUCCGUCUCUCCGCUUCGGAGGUUCACACGGACAAUUUAACCACUAACCUCCUGAAGUGAGUUGCUCCUGAAUGCCUCGGGGCUCCGGUUUCAGCGCCGGCUGAUUGCAGGCAGGGAGGGUUAUGAUAAGUAAAAGUGGAGGAGUGUGUUGUCUGCCUGAGCGCCGGGAAUCUGCAAUGUUCAUUCUAUAUGAACCUUUAGUCAUUCACACUGAAAACACGGCUGCUUCCUGGCGCGGAGCAGAGUUCCUGUACUCCGCUAGUUGCCUAGCAACGUCACAGGCCCGGCAAGGCCCAAGUCUCCCAACUUCUUUUUUUGUUUUUUUUAUACAGAUUGAUUUAAGAUGUAGUUUAGUUGGUGAUACUAAUUAUCUCCCCUCUCCAGCUUUCUACUAAAUAUCAUUCUCAUUCAUUCAUAAACCCCUGAAACGACUUGAGCUUUUGUAGAGUUGGUGGAUUCCGAAAUUAUUUUUAGUCAAGCGUAAAAGCUAGUAAAACCUGCAACACUGUUUCAGUUUAUUGUCAGCUUGAUUGUUUAAUUGCAUAAAGGGUUUAUUGUUUAUCCAUUGUUUCCCUGAGACGGUGUGAUUGCGUCAUCUUUAUAUAACCAUUGUAGAAUUUACAUAAACAGUUAAAAGACAUUUAAACACGAUAAGCAGAAUUUGGAUGGAUAUACGGGUGUCUGCUGUCUAAUGCGUCCCUCACAUGUGAAUGUACUGCAAUUUAGUGUUGACGCAUCAUUUCCUCGCAGCAUACCUGCGGUCGGUUGGGUUUCCUCGGCAGCCCGGCCUACAAACGACAUAAAAGCCUGAGCUGUAACUUCUGCCUCUGGGACGACGGCUGUUGAUCACAAAAAGAGCUUGCGGCCUCCUGGCGGCCACACGUUGUCCGAAUGACCGAGGGAUGUUGCGUCCUGCUCCGUCCCCCAUCUACACCCUCAGGGGGGCCGGUGGGCCCCUCAACACCCUCCACUUCAGCUGCAAGGGAGGGAACACUCCCCUCCUGUUUUCUGGGUCAGGGAAGGGUGCCAUCCAUGUGUGGAACCUCAACACCAGGAGAGCCGAGAAGACGGUAGAAGGUCAUUCUGGUCACUCGGUGGUCUGGGUCGGAACCCUGCGCGAGACGGAUGCCCUCAUCAGUCAGGGACGGGACAUGCAGGUGUGUCUGUGGGAUCUGAGCGAAGGUCGCAGCGAGGUGACGGACUCCGUGUGGACCGGCAGCGUGGGGUUCUGCCAGUGCUCCGUGCUGGAGACGAGCUCCUCGGCGCGCCUGCUGGCUUUCGCUGGACAUCAGACGGAAGAGAUCAAGAUUAUUGAGCUACCCGGCAAGACCCCAGUCUGCACUCUGGUACCAGACGCCAAGCUGGGGAUGGUCAUGUGCAUCAAAUUGUGGCAGCCCGACUCGGGGCACGGGCCGCUCCUGCUGGCCGGAUACGAGGACGGUUCGCUGCUGCUGUGGGACGUAACCCAGAGGUCCGCGCUGAGCCGAGUCAAAGCCCACCCUGAGCCCGUCAUGUGCCUGACCUUUGACCUCCGGUGUCUGAGGGGCGUGUCCGGCUCCUCCGAGAAGCAACUCUCCGCCUGGAUGCUGGACGGACAGAACAACCUGCAGCUCCAGGACAACGUCGCCCUGGUCAACCCCGGGGUCUCCCAGCUUUGUGUCAGGGCCGACGGUAAACUCCUGGCGUCGGCGGGCUGGGACCAUCGGGUGCGGAUAUUUGGGUGGAAGAAGCUCCGACCACUGGCGGUGCUUCAGUACCACACCGACAUGGUGCUCAGCGUGGCCUUCUCCGACCACCAGGACCCCGGGCACAGACUGCUGGCCGCUGGAUCCAAGGACCAUCGCAUCAGCCUGUGGUCAAUAUACAACGAGGGAGCGGACACUGGCUGAGCACGCCAGCUCUGGGAGGACUGUUGGAUUUUUAAUCAAUACUUUCUGCAAUUCUUGAUGCAACCCAAAAUAAUGUUAGACGCCGACUAUUCAGUGAUUGCCAAUAGACAAGUGGACUGUUAAUUUAUUCAGCUGCGUGCAUCUGGAUAUUGCCAAGUGAUGACGUGUGGAAGUAACGACCAUAAAUAACAGACCAACUUUCUCAUCAAGCUCUUAAGAGCAGGAAAAAAAGUUAAAGUUAAACAAGGGAACCAUUUGUCCACAUCGGUAUGAUUUGAAAUUCAUCACACACAACAAGGAGUUGGGUUCCUAAUUAGCUAAUGUUACUUAAUACGGUUAAUACUGCAUCCUGCUACGGGAUUCAUGGAGAGACGCUGGGUUAAAAAUAUUACCCUUAAACUCAUUUGAUGUAGUUCUCAAAUGAACUAAAAUUUAAGUAAUUCCAUCGGUGCUUUAUGUUUACAGGCUCAUUGUACUAUUUCUUCUUCUCUGAAACAAUUGGUACAGCUGCAAAAAGAAAUAUUGAGGUCUGCAUUUGUAACAUAAGAGCUGCCCUUGUUAACUCUUUGUUACGUAGAUAUUUUACAUAAUGUCUGGUUUAGUUUUCUUACAUAGAAUUUCCUUUAAAUGAGAGCUAGGUUGAAAUGAAACAGUUGAACAGGCAUUUGCCGACUUUUUAGUCAGCCGAAGCCUUUUUGUGACGCGCUGUGCAGCUUUGUGAUUGUGUUGACCUGUCUGAUGGGAGAUUUGCUCCAGUGGAUGUGAAUUUGAGCAACACAACGCACCUGAUCGGCUGUGUAAUCUCGUGUUGUUUUCCUAGCAGGUCUUAGCUUAACACGCUGGCCCCUCCAGCCGGACCUGAGCUGUUUGUCAAACAAGGUUAAUCACAGCGGUGGCCCAAAGAACAGAGAUCUGUUGGUUUAGUGCUGGUUCUGAUCUGCAGAUACUCUCCUUCAGCAUAAUCUCUUCUGUGCUGAGUUUCUUUUUCAAAUGUACUUUGUUAAUCUUAAAGGUUAGAACCUGAAGAAAUGACAUGGCUGUGAACAAAAAGCUGAACAAUUUUAAAUCAGCGAAAAACAACGUUUAAUGACCUCUGAAACAUUUUAAAACAAGACAAUGGGUUAUGGGGUUAAAACAAGACAAUGACAACUUCCACAUUUACUUUUAUUGUAAUGCCAAAUACUGAUCUUUUUCCAUUUUCCGUCAACAUGGCCACGGUUCUUGUUGUGAAGGUUUCAGAGAAAAUAGAGACGUGUGUUUUUUCUCUCCGCCGUCUCUAAUAAUACAUCUGUGAGUCACGAGCAGCAUGGGACCUCGUGUGCUGCAGCUUCAAACGCUCCACACUCUGCCCCACGAAGGCCUCGUCUCAUGGGAUGACCCCAAGUUGGGAAGCUCAUCACUCUGUACAGGAAAGGCCUGAGAAAUCAAAGAGCCAGAAUAGCAUAAAAGCCACAAAUCAUUAGUGACCAGAGGAAAGUGAAGGUCGCAAGCUGCCUCGCGGUGACAUCACCGUCAUUGGGAGAAAAAAAGGUGCAUUUCUCUUGGUUUUGUUGCUUGUAUUUAAACUUGUGAUCGUGCAAUUGUGACUGUGUUUUUUUUUUUUUUUAUAUAAAAAACUUGAACCCC